AACAAAGCGCACGUGCAUUUAGAAAAGUAUUAACGCAACCAUCGCGUCGGAUCAGAUCAUCAGAAAGCAUCAAAAUGUAUCUCAUGUACGAUUUGAAUGAAAAUGGUGAGCGGGUUUACACGCUGAAGAAAAACAACACAUCAGGGAAGCCGACACAAUCGGCACACCCGGCCAGAUUUUCUCCGGAAGACAAGUACUCGCGCUAUCGGAUCAUCAUCAAGAAGCGCUUCGGAUUGCUACUUACGCAAAAACCAGAACCAAUCUACUGAUUAUCUGAAAUGUUUAAGUUUCCACUGCAUUUAUUAGAAAUAAAGACCCGGAUUUAAAA